UGCAAAUGAGCAGGUGCGGUGGCGGCGGGCCCGCGGCGGCGGCCGGGGCUCCGGGGAUGUUUAGAGGCGCGCUGGGCACGGCCGCCGCACUCACUCCGGGCUGCCCGCCGCGCGCUCCGGUGCCCCGCCAUGGCCCCCGCUCCGGACCCCGCUCCGGCCCCCGCCGCCGCCUUCUCCCCCGACGAGGUCCAGCGGCGCCUGGCGGCCGGCGCCUGCUGGGUCCGCCGCGGCGCCCGCCUCUACGACCUCACCGACUUCGUGCGGCACCAUCCCGGGGGCGAGCAGCUGCUGAGGGCGCGGGCUGGCCAGGACAUCACCGCCGACCUGGAGGGACCGCCGCACCGGCACUCGGACAACGCGCGCCGCUGGCUCGAGCAGUACUACGUGGGCGAGAUGCUCGCGGACCCGCAGGCUUCCACGGAGAAUGGAGCUGUGGCUGCUGCGGGAACUCAGAAGACAGACCCUGGCAUUGAGCCUAGGUUCACAGUGGUGGAUUGGGACAAGGACCUGGUAGACUGGCAGAAGCCUCUCCUUUGGCAAGUGGGCAGCUUGGGAGAGAAGUACGAUGAAUGGGUUCACCAGCCAGUGACCAGGCCCAUCCGUCUCUUCCAAUCAGACCUCAUCGAGGCCUUGUCCAAGACUGUCUGGUACAGUGUCCCCAUCGUCUGGCUGCCUCUGAUGCUGUAUCUCAGCUGGUUCUACUACCGAACCCUUGCCCAGGGCAAUGUCCGACUCUUCACAUCGUUCACAACAGAGUACUCAGUCACAGUCCCUAAGUCCGUGUUCCCUGGCCUCUUCAUGCUGGGAGUAUUACUCUGGAGCCUCGUUGAGUACCUCAUCCACCGCUUUCUGUUCCACAUGAAGCCCCCCAGCCACAGCUAUUACCUCAUCAUGCUACACUUCGUCAUGCACGGCCAGCACCACAAGGCACCCUUUGAUGGCUCCCGCCUGGUGUUUCCCCCUGUGCCAGCCUCUCUGGUGAUCGCCUUCUUCUACGUACUCCUGCGGCUCAUCCUGCCCGAGGCAGUGGGGGGCACCUUGUUUGCGGGGGGUCUCCUAGGGUAUGUCAUCUACGACAUGAUCCAUUACUACCUACACUUCGGCUCACCACACAAGGGCUCCUACCUGUACAGCAUGAAGGCCCACCACGUCAAGCACCAUUUCGAACACCAGAAGUCAGGAUUUGGCAUUAGUACUAAGUUGUGGGAUUACUGUUUCCACACCCUCAUUCCAGAGGAACGCCAUCUGAAGACGCAAUGACAACUCCCAGCCUUUCUACCCUGCCUUCAGUCCAGCCCUGGCUCCUUCAUUCUGUGCUCUGCCAUCCCUACAACCCUCCAUCCAGGCCUUGCUAAGAAGGCUGACCUGCGCAAGAAAGCUGGGCUUUGUCCAGUCCUGGGACUUGGAGGCGGGGACUAAGGAGGCCCUGUGGCAGGAUGGCCAGGUCCAGCCCACUGUGGGAAGAUCAAAUUACCUUAUGGCUGGGUGACUCUUCGGGACUGGCUUAUUCCCAGAGCAUCCUGGCCUGGCCACUGGCAUCCCUGCCCAAGCCUUCGUCUACGUCUACAGGACUGCUUCAGGGCCCCGCUAAUGACCCCUAGGGGCAUGAAGGAAACCGACCCCACCUGUGCCUUAGCUCCCUGGAGCCGCCCCAAGUGGUGGAGGGACCAGUGGUCACAGGAGGAGAAGGAUGUGCAGAGCCUGCUGCCCAUCUUUCCCUCCUGUCCUUCCCAGAGAGGGACUGGUGGCUUGAGGUGAAUGAAGAGCUCUCACAGAUAAGACAGCAUGAUACCUCGCACAAGCCCCCAACACCAGGUCCACGCCGGCACCUCUGGUCCCUGCCAGCCAUAGAUGCCAGCUGUACUGCCAGCUGUACUCAGCAGCAGUACUCGCACUCUCCCAUAGCCAGCCCUCACCUGCUCGGGACAGACAGCCGGAGUGUGGCUGGAGCAGUCCACAAGGCCAGUGGGAGACGCUGGCUCUUGUCUUUGGGAAUCACCAGCUGCUCUACCCAUCUCUUCUCUGCCCCAGAGUCACAAAAUUCUCCCCCAAGGGAAGCUGAAAAGGCUUCUCCAUUGGUGGGAGCCCCAGCCCAGCUCCCCAUCACGCCUGACCUCUAAGGGGGAGUCUGCCCACUCUCAGGACCCUCCCAGCCAGUGCCUCCUGAAGCUAAGAAGGGCCCUUCACGAAGUGCCUUCACGCCCUCCACCCUCACUGCUGCUGGGAGGGUCUCAUUUCUAAAUGGCAUAAACGUCCUUAGUCUGACUACAGAUCAAAUAGCUGCUCCAACGGCCCUUCCUUCCUAAUCCUAUGUGUUUAGUCUAUGGAAAGGGGGGAGGGAAAGUCAUCUGCUUUGGUUUUGUCCCUUUCUUACCCACAAACCAUUACUACUUGAAACUUGACAAAAGCUCAAUGAGUGUAAAGGCUUAACGCGUGACGGAUCCUGUGAUUUGUACUGUUUACUGCGAGGCUAUUUAAAGAUUUUUGAAUAAUUAUACAAAACUACAAUUGUGAAAUAAGGAUGUAAAUAAAUUGUAUAUUUUGAAAAAUAGAAUAUAUUAAAAACAACAACA